GUGAAACUAGUAUUUGUACUUCGAUCAAAACAGAAUUCUUUAUUAAGACUUUUAUUAAAAUAUUUAAUAUGCGCAUUUUACGCUCGCAAUAUUUGAAAUUGAAGGCCGGGCACAGUCUUGAUGACACAACUGCAACUAAAACAAAACUGACUGCAGUUCACGAUGAAACCCAAAUUCGUCAUACCAGAAUGGCAUCGAAGGCCAUAGAAGACGUAAAAUCUAUGAAAACCGUUACUCAAGCUACACGUACUAGAUUGCGACACAAUUCUGUAAAUUCAAGUAAUGCCGAUAUAUUACAACAUGCUUUAUUGUCCGCUAAAAACAAUCUCAACAAGAUUUUUCCUAAUACAGCGGUCGGACAAUCGCCUAUACAAAAGCGUCGUCAAACACUAACCUGCGUUGAUGACGAUCUGCUAAAACAACAGAUUUUGGAUGCACUAAAAAUUAAAUUAAUUAACACACCGACCGAUCAAUAUACACGCAUCAAUGUGGUCGUAAGAUUCUAUGACGAAGGCACUAUGUGGUAUACGCGUUUCUAUCGUAGUUAUCAGGAUGUGUUGUGGUUAAAAAUACCACGCGGCGGUAAAACCACCAAAACAAAGUGGCAUUUCAAAUGUGAGGUGUGUGAGAAAAAACUGUGCUCUUUCGGCACACUAAAAUCUCAUCUUAAUAUACAUAUGGGUUUUUUCCCAUACCGUUGUGAAGAUUGCCCAAAGCAGUACCCUGCUAGAGGCACUUUCAUGCGUCAUAGGAAGACAAAACACUAAAGCAAGGAUUAAAGACAAUCAUUUAAGACGACACACCCUAUACAUAGACAGGAUUUAGAAGCAAUGACGAAAAAAAUACCAGUCGACGAAAAUGCUUAAAAGUAUUUUAUGAUUAAAAAUUGAAUUGAUUGUUUUGGUUUUCGUUUUGGUUUUUACAGUUCACAACCACAUUAAAAGUAGACAAACGUGUUAGCCCAGUGAAAAAUUUUGACUUCUGUACACUUUUUUUUUAUAUAAAUACUUACUAACGCAAAUUGAAA